AUGAGUACGUGUGAACACGUAGAACGAGAUAAUGCCCAAUGUUCAGUAAUUGUACAAAUUGAUUUCAAGAAACGUUUUGUUUCUGGUCAAUUAAAUAUAGGAAACAAUGCUACUAUAGCUACUCUUCGGACCGAAACUAAAUUUCAACUACAGUCAAGUUCGGUCAUGGCAACUGUAUGGUAUACAUGUGCAAUGUUGGAUUAUUGUGAUUUUGAGUUUCUUAAUGAACUAAUGAUUGAUAAUUUAGCUAACUUGAAUGCAAUAUCUGUUCAACAAAAAUUAAUUGAUUUACUUUACGAAUCAACAUCUGGUCCAACAGAUAUUCCAUGUACUGAUGGAUUGUGUCCAUCUAAUAGUUUUUGUCAAGCAGAUCUUGAAAACACAGUCACAUCACAGUAUAACUAUACCUUCAUCACUUCAACUUUACCAUGUUAUUAUAUGUCACCAAAUGGUAAUUUAUUGGAAAUUAUUCAAUUAUCUUCACAUUCUGCAGCUCAAAUAGCGAUAAUGACUCUUCGGUGUAAUAAUAAGGAAUGUCAUAAUAGAAAAACUGUAACAGACGCUUAUGCAUUGAUUCAUAAUGAAUUCACUUUACUACUUAAUUAUUCUAUUCUAAAUAUUAACACAACUUUAACAACAACGACGACAACAACAUCGUUGCCGUCUGAUGCUUCAUUUUUAGUUCUAUCACAUAGUCUUAUCAUUUUUAAUAGCUAUGUUUUUAUUUUUUAUCUGUUUUUUAAAUAA